AUGCGCCUUUUGAAAUUCAGUAGUGAUGGUGAGCUGAGCUUUACCAGCUACUUGAUCGAAGAUAUUCCACGCUACGCGAUCCUUUCCCAUACGUGGGGAGCGGAGGACGAUGAAGUCACAUUCAACGAUCUGAAGGACGGAUCUGGCAAGAGCAAGCUUGGCUAUAAAAAGAUUCAGUUCUGUGGCGAACAAGCUCGGAGAGACAGUCUACAGUACUUCUGGGUGGAUACAUGCUGCAUCGACAAAGCAAACCAUACCGAGCUCUCGGAAGCGAUUGUCUCGAUGUUCAGCUGGUACCGUGAUGCCGAGAAGUGCUACGCGUACCUGUCAGACGUGUCGGUUGGUAGCGACAACAGCAGCGAAUCUGAGUGGACGCAGGACUCAGCCUUUAAAGAAAGCAGAUGGUUCACACGGGGCUGGACACUUCAAGAGCUACUUGCCCCGAAAUCAGUCGAAUUCUUUUCGCGAGAACGUGAACUGCUGGGCGAUCGGAAUACACUUGAGCAAGAGAUCCACGAGGUGACCAAAAUUCCCAUCGCGGCUCUCCGCGGCUCUCCUUUAACUGAUUUCAGUGUUGACGAGCGGAUGCGGUGGGCAGAGAAACGGAUAACCAAAAGGAAAGAGGAUAAGGCAUAUUGUCUACUAGGGAUUUUCGGUGUAUUCAUGCCUCUUUUGUAUGGCGAAAAGGAUCACGCGUACAUUCGGCUCAAAGAUCAGAUCGACGGAUAUCGUGAAGGCUCCAUCCAUAUCCCGUUGCCGAGGAACAUGAAUUUUGUCGGGAGAGAUCAGAUCGUUCAAGAUAUCCAUACGGCAAUUACUUCUCGCCAGGUCCAAGGAUUCGAUUGUAUUCGAUGUGCCGUGUAUGGCAUGGGCGGUAUCGGAAAGACACAAACAAUUCUCGAGUACGCUUAUAGGUACCGAAAGGUUUUCUCAUCCGUUUUCUGGGUGAAGGCUCAUAGUUAUGAAUCUGCUGUGAAGAGCUAUUGCACCAUUGCACAGAAGAUCGGACUCGUCAGAAGGCCUAGCUGGGGAGCCUGGAGCCCCGAGAACCAAGACGUCGGUACCGCAGCGGUCUUCGCUGUCAAAGAGCGGCUGACCAGCAGGGAAUAUAGCAAUUGGCUCCUCUUGUUGGACGGUUGGGAUGACUUGGACGACGAGAGGAUGGAGUCCUUGAUCCCUCACGCCGGUUCAGGUGUAGUCCUGAUCACAAGCCGAAGGGAGGACUUGGCUCGGGCCGGAUGCAGUUUCAAUCUUCCACUAAUGGAGGAAGCAACCUCGUUGUCACUUCUUUCGAAAAGCUCAUUGACUGAUUAUGGUGAUUGUAACCCAGAAGAACUCAAGGCCGCGAAAGAAAUCGUGAGAGUACUGGGGAAUCUACCUUUAGCCAUUGAUCAAGCAGGAGCACAUAUGCAUGCUCGGAAGAUGCAAGCCGCAAAAUACCUAUCACGCCUUACAGAGAAUGCAGAGACGCUGGACUGGAAACCGCCGACAAAUACGUGGGCCUACCAUAACACAGUGCUAAGCUCUUGGGACUUGACUUUCAAAGAGUUUGAGAAAUCACACCCUGAUGUGUUUGCGAUGUUCCAGGUUUGCGGGUUCCUUGCUGGCGAGAACAUCAGUGAAGACCUGCUUACGUCUGGCUUCAAAUCCGCGGGCAUGGACGCCCUGGCGCAGGUCGUGGAAGAUGGCAUGGGAAAUCUCUUCUCCUUCUCUCUCGCAAAACGCGAGGCUGGAGAUGGGUUCUCAAUCCAUACAAUCGUUCAGACAUGCGUUCGCCAAAGAUUAUCCAAACUCCAAAGACAAACGUAUCUGGACAGCGCGAUCUUACUUGUUGCUGGUGCUGCACGUGAGUUGUCGUCGCAGCGCCAGCUAGAUUGGCUUACAUAUCGGCAAUUGCUUGCGCAUGUUAAUAGUUGCCAAAGGCAUCUGGAUGACGCCCUCCAGCGCACGACGUGUGUUGUCCCUGCAAAAGAGUUCUUCAUACUCGGACGAGUCUGCGAUCAGUUCGGCCAACCCGAUCAGGCGAUUCGCUGGUUCAAGCAAGGACUCAAUACAACGACACACGUAUCCACACAAUCGAAUUUUGAAUGCCGUGACGGUAUUCUUACAGUCAUGCUCAACAAAGGCCAGUUGCACGAGGCAUUGGCCGGGUUCCAAACGCUAUAUGCCGAAGCGAUUACUCAACUUGGUGUGCAACAUGAAUUAACGAACAAGAUAGCCAACAGUAUCGGUAUAAUUCACAAGAACAUGGGUUCACUGGAGCAGGCUUUGGCAUGGUACGAAACAUCACUCUCUCAGGUGAGGGAGAAAUUUGGCGAACGAGAUCAGAGAACACUCGCUACCUGGAACAACAUUGCUGUGAUUUAUAAAGAACAAAAAGAAUACGGAAUGGCGCUCGACCUCUUGCAGGAUGUGCUAGGGAAAAAGGAGGCAGCUCUGGGAGAGGAACAUCCCUCUACUCUUGAAACACUCAUGAAUCUCGGCAACUUGUAUAGGCACUGUGAGCGAUACGAUGAGGCGCUUCGUUUCCUGCACCGAGCUCUCCGCGGAAGGGAGAAACAACUGGGGAAAGACAAUCCGAAAACACUGGAGGUGAAAGGUAAUAUCGCCAGCGUUUACUUCAAAAGCGGUCGGCUUGAAGAGGCCAUCAAGCUACAUGAGGAGACUUAUCACGGUUAUAAACAGGUUUACGGGGCUAUGCAUCACGCUGUACUCACUUUGGCCGACUGGUUAGGGGGAUCCUAUUGCCGAAAAGGGUUAUAUGUCGCGUCGCUUAAAUGGUAUGAAGAGGCCUUGUGUGGCAGGCGACGACUCCUCGGAGAAGGAAACACAAAGACUUUAGAGACCGUUACAAACAUGGCAGAGGUUUUCGAAUUCCAAGGUCGAUUCUAUCGGGCAAUGAUAUGGUACAAAUGGGCAUUGGAUGGAUUCAGACGCGGAUCUGGUUUGAACAAUUAUAGGGCGCAAUUACUGGAGCAUCGACUUAGGGCUCUCCUUCGCCAAUGGCACCAAAGAGCAAGAGAGGUGCGGUCCAGAUGA